CUUUUGUUCUUUCCCCUAGAAUGUGACCUUGACCAUCUUCGAAGCGGGCUCUAUACGGCCUCUAUUUGGCUAGAAAUUAUUGAUCUGUUGCUUUGAUAUAUUACUCAUGACACAAUCAAGGAUGCUCAUUGAUCUCACACAAGAUUCAGAGUCUGAGGACCAGAUCAUGACAAAACCACCUCGUUUAUUCUCUGCUAACCUCGCUCACCGCGAAUUCUCCUCGACAAUUCCCUUAAAGAGAAAAUCGGACAGGGACUCGGAUUCAUCAGCAUCUCCCUUAAAUGCCUAUACGUCUGUUCUCCAGCCUAACAAUGGGAACAUCAACAAUAUACAGGCGACAUUUAAGGUCAAGAGGAGAUCAGAACCGUACACGCCAAGCCCAGCCCUCGAGUCUGGUAGCGGAACCGAUCUCUGUGUUGUCGUCCCAUCUCCUUCAGCACAGCUGAAACGAGAAAUUGAUACUGCUGAGUACAUCCAUGACGGUGAACUCAUUGCGCUGUCUCAAAAGUUUUACCCAACUGAUGCACUUGAAAAACGUGCAGCAAGAGGCACUUACCCAGCUGCCAGAAGCGUCAAGCGCGAAACAUACCCGUUCAGAAUCGGGAACCCGGGCCCCUUCCUUACAGAAAGGGAAAGAAAGCCUGUGGUACAGACACUCUGCGAAAGUCUAAGGCGCAAACUCGCUACUAUUAGGGGCCCCCCCGUGACUGUGGCGCCGGGAGAUGAGGAGCGUCUUGCGCAGAGCACAUCGAGUUUUGAGUUUGUAAACAAAUACAAGCUCCGAAAUGGCGUGGCGCCAAUUGGGCAGGAGUUCCUCGCUGGCUGCUCAUGCGAAGAAGUCUGCGACCCGGCUCGUUGCAGUUGCCUGACGCAGGAAGAGAACUCGAACGAGCGUAUUAUUCCAUAUAAGACUUCAAGGGAGGAUUCGCGGUUCUGGGGUCUUUCGCCGGAGUUCAUGCAAAGGACAUCUAUGAUUUAUGAAUGCAAUGCGCUUUGCGGGUGCAAUGAACGUUGUUGGAAUCGGGUAAUAACCCAAGGGCGUAAAGUGAAGCUUGAGAUCUUCUUCACGGGCACACGUGGUUUCGGUCUUCGCUCACCAGAUUUUAUUCGAGCAGGUCAAUUCAUUGACCUUUACCUCGGCGAAGUCAUAACAACCACACACGCCGACCGGCGAGAAAAGGCCGCAGCAGCGCGUAACGCCCCCUCAUACCUCUUCAGCCUCGACUUCUUCAUCAACGACGACACAAUCUAUGUCGUCGAUGGCUGCAACUUUGGCGCCGCGACCCGCUUCAUCAACCACUCCUGCAACCCAAACUGCAAAAUGUUCACAGUCUCCCGCAACCACGGUGACGAAAGGCUCUACGACCUCGCCUUCUUCGCCGUAAAGGACAUCAAACCCGGUGUGGAAUUGACCUUUGAUUAUAACCCGCACAUGGAGCGGGUUGAUAAAGUGGCACCUGGGGCGGUCCCGUGUCUCUGUGGCGAGCCGAAUUGUCGCGGGCAACUCUGGGCAAAUAAGAAGAAGAGGAGGGAGAGGUUCUAGCCUGUCUGUCUCGUUCUUUUGUUACGUUGACUAUUUUCUCACUGUUGCGUUGGAGCGGGUCGGCUUUCAACUUUCUGUGGCGUUUCAUGGAGGAGCCAACGUCGUCUCGUAGAAGGGUCAUCUUAUUUGUGGGUUGCAUAGGAGUGCUCACUAGGCACCUGGCGUUCCAUGCGUUUCGUGGCAUUGCAUUGGUGAGGAGUUGGACUAGGCCUAUGGCCGUUUCUUAUGCUGGUCUUCUGAGUUUUUUUUUUUGAUGUUUUUAUGCUCUUUCUCUUUCCCUGCACCUCCCUCCGUUCUAUGCUUCCUUGACGUUGUCGGCUGCAGGCGGCCAGGCCCGAGCUGGACUCCAGGUAUACCUGCAACCUCACUCCGCCCUGCUUUUCUUUACUCCAUGUUCCUGUUGUUUAUCUCCAUAUGAUAUACCUGCGUCUGCAUCUGCACCUAUCUUGCGAAAUUGCAGUCUUUCUACCAGCGGAGCGAACGAUACCCAUGCCUUUCACUUUCUUCUUCCCUUUCCCUCGUUCUUCUUCGCUUGGGCAUGUCUCCUCAUACACCACUAUGAUAAGCUUGAAUGAAUGAACAACCUAGGCCUACUCUUACUAAGAGAGCAGGACAUAUUACAUAAUACCCAAUGCCUUACGUUUCAGAUGUGCGAGUAUAAUCGAACUCUCGCUUUUCUUGCUAAAGCC